AUGACUCUUAUAUUUGCCGCAUGUUACACUUGUUCCCUUUGUUUGGUCGGAUUUGUUGGUGAACUUAACUGUUUAUAUACUGGACACGAGAGGAUACAAGAUGGAACCAUUGCUUUGAAUGUUGUUCAACGAAGAGAUGCUCGAGUUUCUAUUGAUGAUAUGAUAACUGUGAGAAGAUUUGUUCCUCCUGAGAAUUUUGACCUGACUUUGUUGGCUCUUGAUUUAUCCUUGUGCGAGAUUUAUGUAUUUGGCUCCUAA